UUAUACGAGUAUAUAUAUUAUUUGGAAGCAAAAGGUUAAGGCAAGUCCUUCCGGAGGGGACACGUGGAAGCGCACAGUUCUAUAUGUACCAAACCUCACCUCUUACUCCUACUUCUUCCUCUGCAACCGAAGCUUUGAACCCUAAGCCUUUACUUCAUCAGAAUUUUACACUUUCACGGUACCAUCAAUCCAACGGAGGGCUUUUAAUCUGUCGUCUUUUCGCUCUUUCAUCAAAGGAUAUUGAAGAUGGUGUCCGACGCAAGCAAGAAGAAAGCUGCACAGAAGAAGGCGGCGGCGGCGGCCAAGAGAGGUGGCAAAGCGGUAGCUGCUUCUUCCAAAACGUCGACCUCCGAGAAGCCAGCCGACAAGCUCGCCGACGGAAUUGGGGAGAUUUAUAUUUCCGAUCGAACCUGCACCGGCGUCCUCUGCUCUCAUCCUCUUUCUAGGGAUAUUAGGAUAGAAUCUCUCUCAGUUACUUUCCAUGGGCAUGAUUUGAUAGUUGAUUCUGAAUUAGAGCUAAAUUAUGGAAGACGUUAUGGCUUGCUCGGAUUAAAUGGUUGUGGAAAAUCUACCCUUCUUACGGCAAUAGGUUGUCGAGAGCUACCUAUUCCAGAUCACAUGGAUAUUUAUCACCUUACCAGAGAAAUCGAAGCCUCUGAUAUGUCUGCAUUGGAGGCUGUCAUAAGCUGUGAUGAGGAAAGGUUGAAAUUGGAGAAAGAAGCUGAAGCUUUGGCAGCUCAGGAUGAUGGGGGUGGUGAAACACUUGAACGUGUUUAUGAACGAUUGGAAGCCUUAGAUGCAUCAACUGCAGAAAAGCGUGCUGCCGAAAUUUUAUUUGGUCUUGGUUUCAACAAGCAGAUGCAGGCAAAGAAGACCCGUGAUUUUUCUGGUGGCUGGAGAAUGAGGAUAGCUUUAGCUCGUGCUCUAUUUAUGAACCCGACCAUUCUUUUACUUGAUGAACCAACCAAUCACCUCGAUUUGGAGGCUUGUGUGUGGCUAGAAGAGAAUUUGAAAAGGUUUGACCGCAUUCUGGUUGUGGUUUCACACUCCCAGGAUUUCCUUAACGGUGUCUGCACAAAUAUCAUCCACAUGCAAAACAAGAAGCUGAAGCUCUAUACUGGGAAUUAUGAUCAAUAUGUUCAGACACGUGCUGAGCUUGAAGAGAACCAGAUGAAGCAGUACAAAUGGGAGCAGGAGCAGAUUUCCUCCAUGAAGGAAUAUAUAGCUCGAUUUGGUCAUGGAUCAGCCAAACUGGCACGCCAAGCCCAGAGUAAAGAGAAAACUCUAGCAAAAAUGGAGCGAGGUGGACUGACAGAGAAGGUGGUAAGAGACAAAAUUCUGGUAUUCCGGUUUGUUGACGUGGGAAAACUUCCACCCCCUGUCCUCCAAUUCGUGGAGGUGACAUUUGGUUACACUCCUGAUAAUCUGAUCUACAAAAACCUUGACUUUGGGGUUGAUUUAGACUCUAGGAUUGCUCUGGUUGGACCCAAUGGUGCUGGGAAGAGUACGUUACUGAAACUAAUGACUGGCGAUCUGGUACCUGUGGAUGGCAUGGUUCGACGCCACAAUCACCUUCGAAUUGCACAAUUUCACCAGCACUUGGCUGAAAAGCUAGACAUGGAAUUGUCUGCUCUACAGUUUAUGAUAAAAGAAUACCCCGGAAAUGAGGAGGAGAGGAUGAGAGCAGCAAUUGGUAAAUUUGGACUGUCGGGUAAAGCGCAGGUGAUGCCGAUGAAGAAUUUAUCUGACGGGCAGAGGAGCCGCGUGAUAUUCGCAUGGUUAGCUUAUAGACAGCCUCACUUGCUCCUUCUGGAUGAGCCAACUAACCAUUUAGAUAUUGAAACAAUUGACUCCUUGGCUGAGGCACUCAAUGAAUGGGACGGUGGCAUGGUGCUUGUUAGUCAUGAUUUUAGGCUCAUAAAUCAAGUGGCCCACGAGAUAUGGGUUUGCGCUGAUCAAGCUGUGACCAGAUGGGAAGGUGACAUCAUGGAUUUUAAGGAGCAUUUAAGAUCAAAGGCUGGUUUAUCUGACUGAACUCAACAAAUUUGUCUAAUUACGUGUUUAUAUUAUACAACCUGAGGUUUGAGAUAGUUUAUGGUUCACAAAUCAUGCUUGCUGUCCACCAUCAUACAUAUCACGGUAUGUUAUUCAUCAUUUAUGCCACUAACUUCAUACGUUUGGAUAAA